AUGUUGCUACAUCACCAACAGGAGAGUCUAGCACGUGCCCAUGAAGAGCGGGUUCUUGCCAGGGAGCAAGAAUGGAAGUUUGAACGGUUAAAAGAUACUUCCUUGUCUUUAAACCAGCUGUUAGCGAUCCUUGGAAGCACUGCAAAGAUGCCCAGGGAAGACAGGGCCACGUGGAAGUCCAACUACUUCCUUAAAUUCAUCCAACUUCUGGAUGACUAUCCAAAAUGCUUCAUCGUGGGGGCAGACAAUGUGGGGUCCAAGCAGAUGCAGACCAUCCGCUUGCUCCUGCCCCACAUUAAAGGAAAUGUGGGCUUUGUCUUCACCAUGGAGGAUUUGGCUGAGGUCCGGGACCUGCUGCUGUUCAACAAGGUGCCUGCAUCUGCCCGUGCUGGAGCCAUCGCCCCGUGUUGUGUGACAGUGCCUGCCCAGAACACCGGACUGGGUCCUGAGAAGACUUCUUUCUUCCAGGCUCUGGGCAUCACCACCAAGAUCUCUAGGGGAACCAUUGAAAUCUUGAGUGACGUCAAUCUAAUCAAGACUGGCGACAAGGUUGGUGCCAGCGAGGCCACGCUCCUCAACAUGCUGAACAUCUCGCCCUUCUCCUUCGGACUCGACAUCCAGCAGGUGUAUGACAAUGGCAGUUUUUACAGCCCUGAGGUGCUUGACAUCACAGAGGAAUCUCUGCACGCCAAAUUCCUGGAGGGUGUGAGGAACAUUGCUAGCGUGUGUUUGGAGAUUGGAUACCCCACCAUGGCCUCUAUCCCCCACUCCAUCAUUAAUGGCUACAAGAAAGUCCUGGCUGUUGCUGUGGAGACUGACUACUCAUUCUCCCUGGCAGACAAGGUCAAGGCCUUCCUUGCUGACCCUUCUGCUGAUGACAUGGGCUUCGGUCUGUUCGACUAA